CCCGGAGCGCUCAGUACAGAGCCCCCACUGACAGCUCCCGCACCGUCCAACAUGCUCUGCGGGGGCACCUCCAAGGCCCAGCCGGCCACCGCCCAGACACAGCGCAUCGCAGACCAGGUGAAGGCGCAGAUCGAAGCCAAGGAAAAUAAGACGUAUCCCGUGUUCCAGGCCGUGGAAUUCAAGUCCCAGGUCGUGGCCGGGACUAAUUACUUCAUUAAGGUCCACGUGGGCGAUGAGGCCUUCGUCCACCUGCGGGUUUUCGAGAGCCUGCCGCACGAGAACAAGCCGCCCAGCCUGACGAGCUACCAGGUGGACAAGGCCAAAGGCGACCAGUUGACCUACUUCUAGCCCUCCCCUCCCCGGGGGCUCCAGCGGGCACAAUAAAACUGGCACAAAAUAAAACUGGCACAAUAAAAACCGGGCCGAUGGGCCCACCCGAC